UCCGCCUGGUCCCAGAGAAAACAAGGGGUGUGCUUGGGUGCUUAUGAGCCAGCGGCGCAUGCGCCCCGCAGAGAAUCACGGACGUCGAGCCUCACACCGCAGCGAUUGCAGAUCUUACAAGUCAGAUAGGAAGGAGUGAGAAGGGGUACAGGGAACGGGGGCCCAGCACCCACAGCCCGGUGAAACAGAGGAAUGGAGACCCGGCCUGCAGAGGAAGAGAAGGACUCCGACCGACUCAUUUCUUUCUAACUUGAGCCUUUUAAGUCCUGUCUGCAGAUGCAGCCUGUCUCUCAUCCCACCCGCCCCAGUAAUCCCAUUUGAUUGCAGCGUUUCCUCCAAGGGGACUACAGGCACAGGGGACUACAAUGACAACCUGGUGAAUGCAGGCAGGGUGGAGUGAAACAUCCACCACAGCGCAGGAUGCCUAUCUCCAACCCGACAAGGAAGAAUGUAGAGAAACCAGACUGCUUUUCUGGUGUCGCAUGUCAGAGAUUUUCGUUGGUGCUCUGGGUUGAUCGUUUCCUUCAUCGCCCUUCUGCUGUCGGUGUCUGUGUAUAAUGGAGAGCUCCAAUGGCUCUGGCAGCGACACCAAACCGCAGAGCCGCCAGCUGGAGAAGAAGAGACUGAACCGAGCGCCUUCUCCGGCCAGACCUUUCCUCAAAGAUGUGCACUCCCGUUCCACCAAACCACCUGCCAUCGUACCCAAAUCCCCCAGACUCAACAAGCAGCAUCAGUCUGCCACAGUGCCCUUAGCCCAUCCGAACCGCAGCUCCAGACGCAACACAACCGGUGUGAAAGACAAACCAGCCUCGGCAAAAAGUAACACCAAGUCUACUGUAGCGAAAAAGCCUACAAAGGUGCCCCAGCAUAUAGUAGCUGAGCCUAGAGCCGCCAGCAUCAAACCGGAUAGCACCAGCAGUCCGAUCCUCGCCAAAGGCAAGAAGGGGAGACUAGCCUCGGGGUCCCCGGGCCCUCUAAGCCAUGGAUCACCGAUCCGGGUGCCGACCGGAGCGUCUCUCGGCCAGGUCAGCCAGACCGACAGCAGCUCAGACUUGUCAGACUGCCCUUCCGAGCCCCUAUCGGACGAGCAGAGGCUGGGACCGGGCGCUAGUAGCGGCGCC